UUACAAGCAUGGCCUCUGCACUAGUGGGUCUUAAAGCGUGCGUAACGGAGUUUAAUCCAGAUGUGCAACAAGAUGCUGGUAGCAAUCAAGAACGCCGAUGGAAACUCUGGUUAGAAAACCUAGAACUGGUGAUGGAUUUUGAGGGCAUCACUGACGCUGCAGAGGGGCCUUCAAAGAGAAGAGCUGCAUUGCUUGCUGUUGGUGGCUCUGAAUUACGGGAGCUUUUUGCAACAUUGACAGUUGCGGAUGCAAAAUAUUCAACCGCCACAGCUGCUCUCACUGCACAUUUCACUGCGAAAAAAAAUUUAGCUGCGGAGCGCUACAAAUUUUUCUGCACCAAGCCCACCUCCCCAGAGGAAUCUCAUGAUCACUGGGCGACUCGCUUAAGGAUCAAAGGUGCUGAUUGUGAAUUUAAUGAGAUGGAUUUAAAUUCUGCAAUCACACUGGUGAUGACACUGCACACUCACUCCGAAAAAUUACAAAGGGAGAUAAUUGCUCAAGAUAUGGACUUAAAGAAGGUCCUAGCUACUGCUCGCUCUAUUGAGCUUACCAAUAGAGAAAUUGCCUUCAUGAAGCAACACAAUAUGGAGGCUACAGCCACACCAACACCUGUCUAUGCUGUACAAGGAAAGCACCCUAAGGCAGAACAUCUAUACAAGUCUAAAGGGAAAACCAUUGAGAUCUGCCGCUAUUGUGGAGAGCGAACACCACACAAAGGGAAAUGCAAGGCCAUGGGUGCAACCUGUAAGAGCUGCAAUAAGAAAAAUCAUUUUGCUAGUGUUUGUGAGUCAAGAAAAUCAACAAAGCCAGUCAAAACGGUUGACACAGAAGAAAAAUUUGAUGAAAAUCCAGAGCAAGACAGUUAUAUCUACAACAAUUUUGUGGAAGGACCAACUGUUCUCAAGCUGGAUGCAGUCACUACACCAGUUCAUGCUAUCCAGAGCAAGAAACGAUAUCCGGAUACCAUGGUGCAGGUGAAGUUUGAUGGGGGCACAAAAUUGAGAAUGCAAAUUGAUACAGGUGCAGAUGCAAAUAUCAUUGAUGAAAGCCUCUACCACCAGCUGCACCCUAAACCAAAACUUAGAAGAACACAAGUCAAGCUCAAGCCAUACAACUCUCCACCCAUUCCGGUAAAAGGAUCCUUCCAGACACAGCUAACAGCCAAUGGAAAGCAGGCCAUUGCAACCGUGUAUGUUGUUCCAGGAUCAGGACAAAAACCUCUCAUUGGAAAGUACACUGCUUUUGAUCUGAGUCUGCUUAGCAUCACUGUGAAAGAGUUAACCGCAGACAUGCAAGACAUGCACCAUGUGCUGCAGGAAAGAAAACAGGGAAACAAGAGUGCCAAGGCCACCACUCACGUCACGCAACACAUGUCAUAUUCAGCUAUGGCAGAGCAUCUCACCUCUAAAAAGUCUUCCGAACAGCGGCUGGACAAUAUCUACAAACAUAAGCAAGAUGCAACAGACAGAGUUAAGGCCAUCGUUGAUCAGUACCCUGGGGUGUUUGAAGGUAUUGGCAAACAUCGAUACAGAGUUGUGAAGUUGUCCGUGGACAAGUCAGUACCUCCAAAAAUUCAACCACAGCGCCGAAUACCAUUUGCAAAGAGGGAGCAAUUUGAAGCCAUUCUCAAAGAAUUGGAAGAUGCAGACAUCAUCGAGCCAGUGUAUGGACCAACAGAGUGGGUUUCAAAUGUCGUGUUGACACCAAAAGCUGAUCCAUCCCAGUUGCGAAUGAGCCUUGAUAUGACCACAGCUAACACUGCCAUCCGGCGCACACGUCAUGUCAUCCCCACAUUGGAAGAACUGCGAUACAAGUUAAAUGGAGCCAAGCAUUUCACAAAACUAGACAUGCGUCAAGGCUACAUGCAGUUCGAGCUGAGCCCAGAAAGCAGAUACAUGACAACGUUCUACACCCAUCAAGGCCUGAGGCGUUUCAAAAGGUUAAAUUUUGGCACCAAUUCAGCUGCUGAGAUUUUCAAUGAGGAAAUUCGUCAAACGCUGGUGGAUAUUGAACAUGUUGAAAACAUCUAUGAUGACAUUAUCGUGUUUGGAAAAUCUCAGAAAGAACAUGAUCGAGCACUUAUGCAAGUAUUACAGCGCCUUGAUGACUGCGGUCUAACACUUGGCAUGUCAAAGUGCAGUUUUAACCAACCAGAAAUCAAGUUUUUUGGCAUGACUUUCUCAUCAGCAGGAAUGUCACCAUCACCUGACAAAGUACAGGCUCUACAUGAUGCCCAACCACCCGCAUCUGCAGCUGAAGUUCGAUCCUUCUUGGGAAUGGCUAAUUUCAGUGCUCAUUUUAUUCGCAACUACUCUGCUCUUACAACCCCGUUGCGGUUGCUCACUAGAAAGAAUGUUACUUUCAACUGGACCAAUGAUUGUCAAAAGGCUUUUCAGUCAAUUAAAGAGGCCCUCUCACAAGACACCACAAUGGCAUACUUUGACCCAACACGAGAAACAAAGCUCAUUGUAGAUGGCUCCAAAUAUGGCCUUUCUAGCAUCUUGACACAACUUGAGCCCCAAACACAACAAUACAAAGUAAUCAGAUACGACAGCAGAGCGACAACAGACACUGAGAGUCGCUACUCACAAAUUGAAAUUGAGAGUGCUGCACUAGCAUUCGCCAUGCAGAGAAACCAUAUCUAUCUACAUGGCCUUCAAAAUUUCAUUGCAAGCACAGAUCACAAGCCUUUGUUACCCUUGUACAACCAGUACAAGGCAGAACUUCCAGCACGAAUCCUGCGGGACAAGUUGAAGCUGCAAGAUUAUAGCUACACACUAAUUCACGAGCCGGGGAAGACAAAUCCAGCUGAUUACCUUUCCCGGCAUCCGGUUGUCUUAGCUGAUGUGUGUACCGUAACAAAGAAAUCCAUAGAAGAGGAUAUGCUAUACAUUGAUGCAGUUGUCCGAGCCAACCUUCCCAAAGCUGUAACAAAAGAACACAUGUUAAAAGCUACACUAGAGGAUGAAACAUUGACAGUUCUCAAAGAAAUGAUCUCACAGGGAUACAUCAGCAAAGAACAGAAAAGGAAAUUGGCUUCAUAUACACAUAUAUUUCCAGAGCUAUCAGUAGUGGAUGGCCUAGUGCUCAGAGGUUGCAGAAUUGUUGUUCCUGCCAGCCUUUGGCAGUCUGUGACAACCCUUGCUCAUGAGGGACAUCAAGGGGUUGUGAGAACAAAGCAAUACUUACGCAUGCAUUUGUGGUUUCCGGGAUUAGAUAAGAGGGUUGAAACAGAAAUUGCACAAUGCAUGGCAUGCCAGGCAAAUACAGAUAUUCAUCAGCAAGAGCCACUCAAGCCAACAGAACUACCCACAGAACCAUGGUCUAAACUUGCAACAGACCUAUAUGGUCCAUUAGACACUGGUGAAUACCUGCUGGUUGUACAAUGCCUGUACUCCAGAUUUCCUAUGGUCGAAAUCGUGCGUUCAACUUCUGGUACAGCAGUCAUACCAGCAAUGGACAAAAUUCUCUCAACAUUAGGAAUCCCAGAUGAAAUAGCAAGUGACAAUGGGCCACCAUAUAGCAGUGAGGAAUUCAAAUCAUAUGCAAGAUACAUGGGUUUUGAGCACAAAAAGAAAAUACCAUAUGCACCAUGGGCGAAUGGCAUGGCCGAAAAUUUUAUGAAAAACCUAGGAAAAAUCAUUCGCUCCUCCACAGAAGAGCGUCUAAACUGGAGACAGGAAUUACAGAAAUACCUGAGGGCCUACAGAGCUACUCCACACACAAUGACAAAGCAUUCUCCAGCCAAUCUCCUUUUCAAUGGACGAAGGUACAAGACGCGUCUUCCAACACCUACCAGUAAGAAAAUAUUGCUUUAUGACAGAGAGGUGCGUACAAAGGAUACUAGGAGCAAAGAAACAAUGAAGCAGAACGCAGACAGCAAGAGUUAUGUAAAAGAACUAGAUAUUAAAGUAGGGGACACAGUUCUGUGUCGACAAGCGAAGCUCAACAAGAAAACCACACCUUUCAACAACGAGCCUAUGAUUGUUGUGAAGAGGAAAGGCAGUUUAGUUACAGCCAGAAAUGCCACAAGAACCAUCACAAGACAUAUUACAUUUUUCAAGAAGCUACAAAGGCUGGAUGAGAACAAGUCAAGGUGCGAAGGAGAUUAUACCACACAGCCACUUUCACCUGACACUGAUGAAAGAGAAGAAAAUGUCAUUCCACCAAAUGAAGUGCCAAUAGAGAGACCGGUGAGAAUAAGACAACCUCCUGCUAGAUACAGAGAUGAAAACUUUCAGACUGAGUUUUAAUCCAACAAUACAACAGACACAAUAGAACCAUGUUAUGUUAUGUUAUACUUUAUCAAUUAUGUUAUGUUAUGUUUUGUUUUGUAAUUAGGGGAGGAAUGUAAUGUUCUAAACGAGGCUGUUGAAUUAGGAGGUUAUUAUGAUGUAACACCGAAGUGACAGAAGCACGUUUUAUAUGAGUGGCACUCUUUGUAUAAUCGUGGACU